GGGAAGCUGCCCAGACGAAGCAUAGUACCUUCAAAACCGGUGCUAUGGACAAACAUGAGCUCGUGGACCAGUAUGAAUUUGUCUUCGAUGAGAAGCAAACCAUCCAAUUCGUCAUGGAUGCGACGCUGAGCGGGGAAGGCAUGAUGAGUGCGAAGGACAAGCUCCUGCAUCAGCAGAUUGAGGAGGCAGAGCAGCGAGGUAUGUGCUAAACCACA